AUGCCCGGCGCGAUCGGCCCGCAGAUCGAAGCCAGAAAGAAGACCGAGCCCAAGUUCGGCAAGGAGCACAGCAAGACGGACUUUGGGAAGAUCACCCCCGGGGCGAUAUACGAGACGAAGUCGACUUUCGGGAAGCAGGACCUGUCGAAGAACAGAUCCUCGAGCUCGUGCUCGUUUGGCAGCGCGUCGAGGUUUCUGAAACCGAGCGGCGAGCGCGCGAAGAGGAACCCGCAGGUCCCGGGGCCCGGGAGCUACCCGGCGCAGACCAGCAUCGGGAAGAUGGUCUCGAGCGAGCGCCAAACCGGAGAGGCGUUCAGCUUCGGCGGCGCCACGAGAGACGCCGCGCAAAAGGUCUUCUUAUCCAAGGCGGCGGCGAAGGUCACCGCGAACAGCGACGGCCCGGGCCCCACGGCGUACGAGCCGCAGCAGAGCAUGGGCCCGCAGCGGUCAUCUAGUAACGUCACCGAGCCGACGGUUUCGUUUCCGACGGCAGGUCGAGGUCGGGACCCCGACCUCGAGCGCGCGAAGAAGCAGCCGGGCGCGGGGCAGUACCGCGUCCCGAACGCGGUCGGCGCGCAGGCGGAGUCGCAGAAGCGCUCGAUGCCGCGGUACGGGUUCGGGAGCACGACGAGGGAGCACCGCGAUAAGGUGUACAUCUCCUCGGAGCACUCCAAGAGCGAGUUCGGGAUGACCUCCCCGGGGCCGGCGGCGAUCGGCCCGAAGGCGUUCGGAGGGACGGGGAAACAGGUGUUGUCGACAAAGAGGACGGGCGCGACGGGGACGUUCGGCAACGCGGCUCGCGCGACGUACGCGACGAACUCGAACCCGGGGCCGGGGGAAUACGCGCGCGUGGGUGUAUUUUACAACACGUCUACGACAGAGCCCACCCGCUGCCCCGACGCGACGCGCGCGGCGUCGUUGGCGUCGAAAAACCGCCGCGCGCGGUCUAGGUUCAUCGCCUUGGACGCGAGCUCGCCUUGGAAGCCCGGAACCGACAACGCGAGGUUCUCCUCGCGCGGCUUCAGGACCAAGUUUUGGGACUCCGGCCGCCACGCGAACGCGCUCGGUCGCGACGACGCCGCCGCGUUCUCGCGCUCGCUCGCGUCGCCGUCGUCGUCGCCUCGAACGAUGGACGCGAGAAAGCUCUCCGCGCUCUUUCGCGCGUCCUCGUCCGCGUGUAAGAAUUUCCGAACGUCCCUUCGCAUCGACGGCGACGCGACGUCCUCCCCCCCCGACUUGCGCGGCUCCUUCGCGCGGAUUUUCUUCCGAACCGCCUCGCGGAACUUCUCCUGACGCUCUCGCGUCCAGUACGCCCGUCGCCCGCGCGGUCGCACGCCGCUCGCCGCGGUGACGAGGCGGUACGGCGGCUGAGGGGGCGCGCUCAUCUCGCGUUUCCCCGCCACCAAAGUCCGUCUCUUUUGUUUUCCCGCGAAGAGGCGCAGAUCUGACUGAUCAGAUCCGCGCGCCUCUCCGCCGACCCCUCCAACGCGCGGCGUCUCGCGGGUGGGCGCGCGGCGCGUGCGACGGUCGCGAGGAGCGCGUGAGCCCCUGGGGCGGAGGUGCGUGCGGGGCGCUGCCCG